AUGGGAGAUUUCAAUGCAGUACUUAAUAUGGAUGACAGGAUUGGGGGCAACCCAGCCACAGUGAAUCAAGUCAUGGAGUUUCAAGAUUUUGUGGAGUCUUGUGGACUGUUGGAGUUGCCUCCUAAAGGAAGCACAUACACAUGGAGUGACAGGCAUGAGGUACAAAGGAUGCUCUCUAAGAUAGAUUGGGCCUUUAUCAAUAAUGAAUGGCUGCUCCAGAUGCCUGCAUACAUAGCCAACUACUUGCCAGCGGGCAUUAGUGACCAUUCUCCUAUUAAGGUGGAACUACUUAAUGCACCUGGAAGGAUUAGCAAACCUUUCAAGUAUUGCAAUAUUUGGGCAACUCACCCUAAGUUUUUGGAGGUAGUGACAACAACUUGGCAGAAUGUAGGGUCAGGAUAUGCUAUGCUACAAGUAGUUAAGAAGCUGAAAUCAUUAAAGAGGAAUUUGAAGGUGCUCAACAAGCAGUAUUUCAGAAACAUUAUAACUGAAGCUGAGGAGGAUAGAACUAAACUAGGGCAAAUAUGGAAAGCACUGCAGUUUACUCCCAGAGACCAAAAUUUGCAACUGAAAGAUGUUUCAGAUGUAAUACACGUAGAGCCGGAAGACAUAGCUAGACUGUUUGUGGAGUUUUACCAAGAAUUACUGGGCAGCAAAGCAUCAACUAGAACUAAAGCUUUUAAGAGUUUUUUGAGCAAUGGGCAUGUGUUAACAUUUGAACAACAGAUGGAGGUACUUCAACCAAACUCUAACAAGGAUGUGAACAAGGCCAUGUUUAGCAUAGAUAACAAUAAGAGCUUUGGACCAAAUGGAUAUAUCAAUGCAACAAAUAUCACUCUGAUUCCAAAGGCCUCUAAUCCUGAAUAUGCAAGUCAAUUCAGACCAAUAUCCUGUUGUAAUACCCUGUACAAAUGCAUCUCUGAAGUCCCAUGUGAAAGAUUGAAACAAGCUCUGACACAAUUGGUGGCAGAAAAUCAGGCAACCUUUGUGACAGGUAGAUCUCUAGUACACACUGUGCUAAUCUGUCAUGAUCUCAUGAGACACUAUAACAGGAAAAUAACACCUAGAUGUCUAAUAAAAGUAGAUUUGAGGAAAACAUAUGAUAUGGUGAGCUGGGAGUUCAUAGAAGAAGCACUAAUAGGGUAUGAGUUUCCAGUCACUUUUACUCAGUUGGUUAUAGCAUGUGUUACCUCAACAAAUUUUUCUGUGAAAAUUAAUGAACAAGGUUAUGGAUACUUUGAAGGUAAAAGAGGACUGAGGCAGGGAGACCCAUUUCACCUCUUCUGUUUGUGCUUGUAA